CACGCCCUCUCCAGCUGGCCACUCCACAGGCACGCCCAGAAAGUGUGUUUGUUCUCGGUAAAGACGAGAAAAGGCGGAGGAAGGAAAGAGAAGAGGGAAGCAGAGGGGUCCCUGCCUUUGCCCCCCAGAUAUGGCGUCGAUUAACAAGAAUGGAAGCAGCUCUCGCUUACAAGAUCUGAAGCCACCCAACCUAUCCAUUACCAUCCCUCCCGUGGAAGGCGAGAGAGACCCUAAAUUAAUUCAGCCUCUCACCAAACCAGUGUUUCAGAAAAGCGUCAGUCUGCAAGAGCCACGUGGCCACGUUGCGGACGGCGGGUCUGCAGAUGUGAGACCAGGCUUCAGAAGGCAGACAUCGCUUUCUCAGAGCAUAAGAAAGGGAACAGCACAGUGGUUUGGUGUAAGCAAUGACUGGGAAGGAAAGAGGCAACAGUGGCAGAGGAAGAGCCUCCACCAUUGCAGCCUCCGCUAUGGGAAACUCAAACCCCAGUAUCAGAGAGAUAUUGAACUUCCAAGCCAGGAGACUCCAUCUUUCCAGGCAACUGAGUCACCAGCUGCACACCGCUUCCCCAAGAUUGUGGACCCUUUGGCAAGGGGUAGACCAUUUCGCCAUCCUGAUGAGAUGGACCGGCCACGGACCCCUCAUGUGUGCUUGCCCCCUCAGACCCCAGGGAUGUUAUCACUUGCUUCUUUCACCAGUGUGCGCUCAGGUUACAGCCGCUUCCCUCGGCGCAAGAGAGAGAGUGUAGCCCACAUGAGUUUCCGUGCAGCAGCUGCUCUGAUUAAGGGCCGUCCCAUUUUGGAUACCCCUCACAGCCGGCGUUCAGGCCAGAAGAGAAGCUUUAACUACCCCAGCUUUAUGGAUGAGGACACAGUAGAUGCUGCAGAAACUCUGGACUCGUCCUUCUUUAGUAAGGUGGGUAUGCCUGAUGAGACCUUCUCAAUGCCAGAUGACGUGUUUGAGUCUCCCCCUAUGUCUGCCUCUUAUUUUCGGCCUCCUUUACCAACUCCGGACUUGAUGCCUGGAGCAGCUAUAGAAGCAGCGAAAGAGCAUGUGAAGUCUGUUCAGGUUUUUACCACUGACCCCCGAAGGGGUAAGCGUAUUGCUUCACAAGUCAAGCACUUUGCAUUUGACCGCAAAAAACGCCUCUACGGCAUGGGGGUGGUGGGGAACUGGUUAAACCGAACAUACAGGAGGAGCAUCAGCAGCACUGUGCAGAGCCAAUUGGAACACUUCAACAGCCACAGGCCUUAUUUUACAUAUUGGAUCACCUUUGUCCACAUCCUUAUCACCAUCCUCGCUAUUGCAACUUAUGGCAUUGCACCAGUAGGCUUUGCUCAGCACACCACCAGUGAAUUGGUUCUCAGGAAUAAAGGCGUGUAUGAAAGUGUGAAAUAUAUUCAACAGGAGAACUUUUGGAUUGGGCCGAGCUCGAUUGCUCUGAUCCACCUUGGGGCCAAGUUUUCCCCUUGCAUAAGAUACGAUGAGCAGAUAAAGAAUCUCAUAGAAAAGGAACAUGGCCUAGAACGGGAGUCUGGCUGCUGCAUUCAGAAUGAUAAUUCUGGCUGUGUACAGACACGGAGGAAGGACUGUUCGGAAACACUAGCCACGUUCAUCAAGUGGCCAGAACAUGAUGCCCCUUUAAUGGAUGAAGUUACUGGUAAGAAGAGGACUUCAGGUGCAGUGUGUCAGCAGGACCCACGAACCUGCGAAGAGCCAGCUUCUAUACAACCUCAUGUGUGGGCUGAUGACAUCACUAAGUGGCCGAUUUGUACUUACCAAGCCAUGAACAACCACACAGGGAUCAGGCAGAUGGACUGUGAAAUCAAAGGGCGGCCAUGUUGUAUUGGCACUAAGGGCAGUUGUGAGAUAACUACAAGGGAAUACUGCACCUUCAUGCACGGCUAUUUCCACGAGGAGGCCACACUCUGCUCACAGGUUCACUGUCUGGAUGAGGUUUGCGGGUUGCUGCCAUUUUUAAAUCCAGAAUAUCCUGAUCAGUUUUACCGACUUUGGCUGUCCUUGUUCCUUCACGCUGGGAUUAUUCACUGCUUUGUGUCGGUGGUCUUCCAAAUGACAGUCCUACGUGACCUGGAGAAGCUGUCAGGCUGGCUGCGAAUCUCCAUCAUCUACAUACUAAGUGGCAUCACUGGGAACCUUGCCAGCGCAUUGUUUUUACCUUAUAGGGCAGAGGUUGGACCAGCAGGUUCACAGUUUGGCCUCCUGGCUUGCCUCUUCGUGGAGCUGUUUCAGAGUUGGCAGAUCUUGGCCAAGCCUUGGAAGGCCUUCUUCAAGCUUUUGGGUAUUGUCCUCUUUCUUUUCCUAUUUGGACUGCUCCCCUGGAUAGACAACAUUGCCCACAUCUUUGGUUUCCUCAGUGGACUGCUCCUCUCUUUCUCUUUCCUUCCAUAUAUCACCUUUGGCACAGCUGAUAAGUAUAGAAAGCGUGCCAUGAUCAUCAUUUCCCUGCUGGUCUUCUUUGGACUCUUUGCUUCUCUUGUUAUCUGGCUCUAUGUCUAUCCUAUCAACUGGACCUGGAUUGAGUACCUUACCUGCAUACCAUUCACCAACAAGUUCUGUGAGAAGUAUGAUAUAUAGAUCAAGUUCUCCACUGAGCUCUUCAUACUGAUCUCAAGAGACUGAGGAACAUUCCACAAAGCUCAGCAGCACCUGAGUAACCAACCCUAGCUUAAAGGGUUAAUAGGAUAGACCAUGUUGUGCCAUUGGGGGCACCAGCAGAUACCUGAGAGAUAUCAUUUAAUAUCUCCCUCCUUCUGCCUGGACAGAUAUGAAUCAACAAGUGAAAAAAAACUUUUAUGGAAGAUAUGAGAUCUGUUAUAAGGGAUCUUCCUAUACUGUGAUGCUCAGGAAUAACUGUGAGUACCCACUGUGCUGGUAUGGACCUUUGGGAGAGUCAGAGCGAGACCGUGUUUCACUGGAGCGGAUAAUAGGAAUAUAUUUUACAUAUACUCAAUGCCUCUCUUCCACCUCAGCCAGCCCCUUGGUACUAUUCCCUCUGUAGAAGGGGUAAGCCAGCACUUAUGUUUACAAAGCAUCUCUGACCUUAACAAUGGCAUGUAAAUGUACCACCUGCCUGUCGUUACAGAACCAUGCACACAAAUCGGUGAUAUCAACUCACCAUCAUCAUUAUUCAUUUAUUGCCUUUAUCUGCUGGUAAAAUAUCUGGUCCAAAUAGUGUGGGCAGCACAAGGCUAUUAACAAUGUCGUUAGGGAGAGCGCUUAUUGUACCAGCUGGAAUAAUAGCCGUAGGGCAGAAUUGUAACUCCAUAUAUUGCUGCCUUUCAGAACCCAACUCUAGCCAGAGGUUGGAGUUGUUGUUCAGCAACAGCCGAAGUGCCAUUGGUUGGACAGCGCACUUUUACAUAAAUAUCAAUACUGUAGGUGCUAAUAACCUAAUACAGAGGAAUUAUUUACAUUGUGCCCAAUAAAAUAGGGCCUUCUCCUUAUUGAAUGAAAUACUUUGAUGAUUUUUUUCCCAGACUCUACCUCUACUUAAUCUUAACCAUUUAAAAAAAGAAAGAUAUAAUAAUAUAUCACACAGGGCAGCUAAUGUAAAGCCUAUCUAACAAGCUUUCCAGGUCCCCUUUCUGUCACCAUCAGUGGACAUCUAAGGAAAGUGCUUAAAGUUGUAGAGACUAGUAAGUAAGUGCAAUUAAUGAGACCAGUGAAUGUGGAUCUACUGACUCCAACAAGAAUAAAAGUCCUGUCUUAAAGGGGAAAUAACAUUACUCUAUUGUUUUAGCCUCUAAAGGAAAUACUUUCCUAUGGAGUGGAACUACAUCAUCAUCUGCUCCCUGUCCUUUCUCUGCCUUGUGGUCAGUGAUUGCCACAAAGUAUGUUUCCGCAUACGAUUCAGCACACUCCCAACUUAAAGGGAUUAGCAUCCCAACCUUAGUCACUACGCGACUUUUGCAGGAAAGUAUUUCAGCUUUUUACAAACAGACGAUUAAAAUGUCCAUGCUCUAGUCUCCUUAUCAUUAGCAGAAGUGAUGUCAUCAAAAUGACAGCUGGAUAGAUCAGUGCAGGGUUAAAUUCUCAUCACCAGGCAGCUAGGAUUGGGUUACUGUGCGUUUUCUAAAAUCAGUAGUGGGGAUUUAGUUCUCCUUUAAUUCUCAUGGUGUAGAUAAAAGGGGAAAGGCUAGGGCAAUAAAUUCUAACAUGAAAAUUAAAACAGAUGAACCUGACUCCCCACCCAAUUAUAAUCCACAUCGAGACCCUGAAUCCAAGGUACAUUUCCAUACAGGAACUCAAGACUAAGGGAUUGUCAUUGUAACUGAAUACAAAUCAUCUCAUGGACACGUGGAAUAAAGGGCUGUAGUUACGAUGUAUAAAAAAGUAAUAGAAAAUUUAAAUGAUACUGCCAACUUUUGGCUUAGAAAAUAGUGUCUUUUUUUAAAGAAAAAGAAAAUGGUGACCCUUUUGCUGUGCAAUUGGGUCUCUUUCGGCAUUAUAAAGGACUCAUUUUGUAUAGAGAUCAUUUGGAUCCUGAGCUUUUUGCUAAAUGUUUAUAUUUAAUUUAUUAUUUGAAUAGUGAGACUGGUGUUUGGCACAAACUCGGUGCUUCCCAAUGGGUGCCUCUCUUUCUCUAGGGAAAGGCAGUAUCAGGGGGAUAUGGGCACUCAAUUUUGUACAAUGGAGUUUGGCUGGUGGGGGGGGGAGUUGUUUUUGUAUGUGAAAUUGUUUGCAUCUAGGAGGCUGCAACAGAUUGUUAAAUAAAAACAUUUGGCUGCCACUUCCA